AAGCCAGCCCAAUUGAUUGUCUAUCUUUAAGCGAGUUUGAUUAGCUCUGUACCAACCACCUCUCCCACACUAUAUAGAAUCUUGCUCUGUCACCUUGUAUAUUCUCUGUAGUACUCUCUUAACCUUCACCUCUCAUGAAAUAAUAUCAGAAAUGGAGGUGGGCUCCAUUACCAACGGCGAACACAAGUCCUCCUUGCAAGUGGAUCAAGAUUCGCCGUCGGCGGCGGCGGUGGCGGCGCCAAUAUGGAAGAUGGUACUAGUGGCGUCCAUUGGCACCGGCCUCCAGUUCGGGUGGGCCCUACAGUUCUCUCUCCUCACCCCAUACGUCCAGCUCCUCGGAGUGCCCCACAAGUUCGCCUCCUUCAUGUGGCUCUGCGGCCCCAUCUCCGGCAUCAUCGUACAGCCGCUCGCCGGCCACUACAGCGACAACUGUACUAACCGAUUCGGCCGCCGCCGCCCCUUUAUUGCUUCUGGCGCCGUGCUCGUUGUUCUCGCCGUCUUCCUCAUCGGCUUCGCGGCUGAUAUGGGCCACGCCGCCGGCGACCGCCUUGGGAAAACCACCAAGCCCCGCGCCAUAACGGUUUUUGCCGUCGGUUUUUGGACGCUCGAUGUCGCUAAUAAUAUGUUACAGGGGCCAUGCAGGGCAUUACUGGCAGACCUCUCCGGUGACAGCGGCGACAAAAUGCGACUGGCAAACGCUCUUUAUACCUUUUUUGCUGCUAUCGGAAGCAUCCUUGGCUAUGCCGCCGGCUCCUACUCUAGCCUCCACAAAGUCUUCCCUUUCUCGUUGACCAAAGCUUGCGACCUUUAUUGCGCCAAUCUCAAGAGCGCUUUCUUCAUCUCCAUUUCCCUCUUGCUGAUCGUAACCACCUUCGCGCUCAUUUGCGUCGACGAGAAACCGCUCAGAAAAGAUAGCGCCGGUGACGGCGGCAGCCCGGAAGUAAAGAAAAAGUUGAAAGUGCCCUUCUUCGGGGAAAUGUUCUGCGCCUUGAAAGACCUUCCAAGGUCGAUGUGGAUACUCUUAAUGGUGUGUGCCCUCGCCUCCACGGCGUGGUUCCCUUUCUUGCUGUACGACACGGAUUGGAUGGCGAAGGAGGUUUACGGCGGCAAAGUCGGCGACAAAGUUUACGCUAGAGGCGUGCAUGCCGGCGCGUUGGCGCUCAUGCUCAACGCGGUGGUUUCUGGUUUCGCGUCCAUUGGGCUGGAGCUACUGGCUCGGCGGCUCGGCGGAGUAAAGAAGAUAUGGGGCGGUAGUAGCUUUAUGUUGUCCAUCUGCUUGUCCAUGACAGUUUUGGUCACCAAAAUGGCGGAGCGUAACCGUCGGCACGACCCCAAAGGCAACAUUCUUCCGCCGCCCGCCGGUGUGAGAGCCGGCGCCUUUCUUGUUUUUUCUGUGCUCGGAGUGCCUUCUGCGGCUACCUUUAUCAUUCCAUACGCUCUAGCGGCCAUAUUUACGAGUAAAGCUGGUGCCGGACAAGGACUCUCCAUAGGGAUUCUCAAUCUCUCAUUUGUCAUACCACAGUUGGUGGUGUCAUUCUUGAGUGGACCUUGGGACGCACUGUUUGGUGGUGGGAAUUUGCCUGCGUUUAUAGCAGGAGCAGUUUCAGCCGCCAUGAGUGGGAUACUUAUAAUCACACUUCUUCCAUCUCCUUCCCAUGAUGAAAAUUAAAUUAGAUGCUGAAAGCUCAGUAAUCAAGUGAUGUAAUUGUAAUAAGAUUAUAGUGUGUACUCUAAAAAUAGGGUCAUUUUCAUCUUCUUAAUUGGUGUAGAGCUAUAUAGUUGCCAUGGUUAUCAAUGGAUUAUAUACUGAUCACAUUGUAUUCUUAUUUCUUUGAUUAUAUGUUGGUAAAGUGUAAUUAUCAAAGAAGAAGGUGUAUAUACAAAAUAUGUAUCUUAGAUUCUUAGUUGGAUGAUUUAACUUAUACAAAUUGCUCUAAAUAUGAGCAA